AUGGGCACGCCUCCUCAGAACAUGGAUAAUUAUACGGCUGAAUUCGGCAGAAUACGCCGACAAGAAGAUAAACAAGUCGACAUAGCAGCCGACUCGGAGAAGCGGAUACGAGCACAAGAACAAAACUUGCGCUCGUCGGGAAUAUCAGCACCGACCACACAGGCGGUGAUUGAUGAAGAAAUCCGACUAGCCCGGUUGGACGCCUUAGCGCAAAAGCGCAGUGAAUACCUUCACGAAAUAAACGAAGUGAAGAAGCGCCUAGCUACACUCGAUCCGACCAAGGAAUAUUACCCUGAAACCGUUCUGGGUAAUACCGGACUGAUCGAGCAUUGGACUAAGAAGCUGACGGAAAAGGAGGACGAAAUCCGAGCCCUACAGCCGACGACGACCCAACCAGCGGUCGUCCCAAAGAGCCAACCUCCACCCAUGAUGACGUGGAGCGCGACUCCGUCUUCCCUACCACCGGCUGAAGAGAAGCCGAGCCCGUCACGGAAAGUGAUGGGAGCGAAGGCCUUAUUUACUCCCGGCAUCCACAAGAAGUUGGUCGGCCAAGCUAAAACAUUGGAUCUUCAACGGAUACUUUACGAAGCACAACUUCAAGGAGGUAUCCGAGAUCGGACCAUGACCGACGAGCAACAGACCCAAACGGCCCAGAAGAUCCAUGCUACGAUCCAGGAUAGGGACAAAGUCCUGCGACGGUUGGUGACUCUAAGAUGCGGAAAGCAGGAGUUACGACAACUCCCGCUGGACUCUAACAUGAUCCAGACGAUCCAACGUCUCCGUAAUCCUAGCAUCAACCCGGGCGCCUACACACUGGAGAUUCAACCUCGGCCCGGAGAAGAGGUAACCGAGAAGAUUCCGAUAACAAUGUCGGAUAGUAGUGAAGAUGAGGAGAAUGCGGACGACGUUGACUCCGAUGACUCCAUUCAACGGAAGGCAGCGACACCACCGAAGGGAUCCACGCCGAAACGAGGCAGAUCGCCGAGUCGACCUAAAGCCCUACAAGCGGCUAUGCCGACUCGACAUAAAGUCACCGCUUCGGAACCCAAGUCGACCAAGAAGACGGCACAGCAAUCCGUCAAGAUGAAAGUCCCUCCUCCAACCAGACAACCUUCCGUCCAGAUCAACGAUGAUCUGGACACACGGGUCAUCAACUCGGCAAAUUCCGCGAAAUCCCACAAGGAUAAACGGAAGGCCAAGAAGGAAGCAGCGAAACAACCCGCUAAGCCGCAACCGACGGAAACUCAGAAGAAAUCAGUAAAGUCGGAGGCCAAAGAGACGACCAAACCGAAGUCGGACUCUACGGUAAAGACGCCGAAGCCUAAUCCGGCCAAGCGACACAAGUCAUCCGACGACUUGGAUAUUUCGGAUGCCGGCCCACAAAGGACCGAGCAGAGGGAAAAGGCUCAACAACCGCACGACAAGGAUGCGGCGGAGCGUAAAUUUAAGGAAGUCAUGGAGCGAACCGGCACAAAGCCGGCUAAGACUUCAGGAGGUCGGCUACGGAACCCACCAAAACCGCCGACUCCGAUCGAACAACCCCAGCCCUCCACAUCUAAACAACAGUCUGACGUGGAAUCCGAUCAGAUCUCGGAUAUUGAAGAAAAGGACUCAAUCUCCGACCAUGGAGAAGGUGACCCCUACGAGGGAUUUAAAGGCGACCUAAAAGAAAUGUUCAACCAUGGAGCGGACACUGAUGAAUCACAGUGGCCAGCCCCCGACGACGUACGCGAGCGUCUUCCGGACGAACAGCCGGAUGACCCGGUCGAUACACUAAUCCGUACCGUCCGAGUACAUGUUGAAGUCGUCAGGAGCAUCGAAAACGCCAGGAAAAACGGCGUGGACAUUUACCAGUCCUUGGUCCGAGAACUGUCCAACAACAUCCAAAAAGGAAAGUCAAAGUCGACCAAGACGAAGUCGACUAAGCCGGCCAAGAAAAAGGAGCCGAAGUCAUCGGAACCGACCUCGUCAUCCGAGGAAGAAACCGAGGAUGAUGACGACGACGACGAUUUCCAAACACCUGGGAACGGAUCGCCGAAAGACGAUGACGAUGACGACGACGAAAAUGGUAAACCACCACCACCGUCGAACCCGGCACCCCAACAGCAGGGCGAACCGGAGAUACCGGAUAGACAACCGGAGGAGAAGGACGGCAGCGACAAAGCUGAAGAAUCCAAAAGAAAUGAAGACGAUGGUGGAGUGUAUAUCCCUCGUCAGUACGGUAAACGGAUACCGAUAACCCCUGAUACUGACGAGCGGCCACUUCUCUCCGAAUGGAACGAAGACACCAUGGAAGUGUUGCCGGACGACAUCCCUCCGUUGACCAACGUUAGGGUCAAGUAUACGGGAAUUAAAUCGGCUUCAAAACCGAAGCCGAGUGUAUCGGAAUACGAUGCGGGAUGGAUGUACACAUUCGCCGCCCUGAAGGCCUUGGCCACACGUGGACCGAAAUUCGCCACACCAAGAAUCGCCUUCAAACUCCUCCAACAUUGGAGGGUAGACGAGACGGGCGACUGGCGACAACUGAGCCAGAAUAAUGUGCGACAUUACUGCGACCUGGGAUACCAUGCCGGGAAGAUAAUACCAGCAGAACCGCAGUUGGUCGACCUCAAAUACAAGCCUAAACCGGACGUAGUCGCCGGACGCAAGAAGUAUUCCCUGGAAGACGAAUUGGAAUUCGUCUUAUCGAAGGCACUCUAUCAACAAAGAUUUGCCACGAACACCGAUAAAGUCCAGGGCGGCCAACGGUUCAUCGCAUUAAAUCCAUCAACUCACCGACACGGACACUUACCGAAAGAACGAUCCACCUCGGCACAAUCAACCGAGCUGACCGACUCGCACCAAGCAAGUCGGCCGGAGUCGACAGAAGCACCGACACGGGAGUGA